AUGGCUGUUGCUCGCCCCGUCAGAGUCCUCGGGCUCGCGGCCGUCAUGAUGUGGUGCUUCUUCCUCUACCAGGUCUUCAAGCCAGGGUCGCCCAUCCCAUUGCCCUCGGGCAUCCCUAAGAACGAAAAGGAGCCAUUACUGGACCCAACCGGCGAGCCAGCAGGUAUCCUCCGUCGCGCCGGCCCUGGAUACGCCCCCGAUGCGAAAGAGCCCGCCCGUAUAAACGCCACACUGUUGGCCCUCGUGCGAAAUGAGGAAUUACCCGGCAUGCUACAAGCUAUGAAGGACCUCGAGCGCACUUGGAACCACAAGUUCAACUAUCCCUGGACCUUCUUCAACGACAAGCCCUUCACCGACGAGUUCAAGAAGCGCACGUCCGAGGUAACCAAUGCAGAGACGAGAUAUGAGGUCAUCCCCAAAGAGCACUGGGAAGUACCGUCCUGGAUUAAUAUGGACCUAUUCGACGAGUCCGUCAAGAUCCUCGAAGAGAACGAUAUUCAAUACGCCGGCAUGAUGUCCUACCACCAGAUGUGUCGCUGGAACAGCGGCCUAUUCUACAAGCACCCCGCGCUGGCCGACACGCGAUACUACUGGCGUGUAGAACCCAAGGUGCACUUCUUCUGCGACAUCGACUACGACGUGUUUGCCUACAUGCAGGACAACAACAAGACGUACGGCUUCACUAUCAACCUCUACGAUGCCCCCGCCUCCAUCCCGACCCUGUGGCCCGAGACCACAAAGUUCCUCGCCGACCACCCCGAGUACAUGCACGAGAACAACGCCUUGAACUGGGUAGUCGACAAGUCUAGGCGACCGGAUCACUACGACAAGGCGAACGGCUACUCGACGUGUCACUUCUGGAGCAACUUUGAGAUCGGCGACAUGGAGUUCUGGAGGAGCCAGGCGUACGAGGACUACUUCAACCACCUGGACAGGGCGGGCGGCUUCUUUUACGAGCGGUGGGGGGAUGCACCGGUGCACAGCAUCGCGCUUGGUCUGUUGGAGGACAAGAACCGGAUCCACUGGUUCCGCGACAUAGGAUACCAGCAUAUUCCCUUCUUCAACUGCCCCAAUUCACCAAAAUGCAAGGGAUGUGUGACGGGCCGCUUCACCGACGGAGAGGCGUGGCUGAACAAAGAGGACUGCCGGCCAAACUGGUUCAAGUUCGCGCACAUGGACUAG